AUGUAUAGGCAAACCUCGCACUUUACUCUGAAGCAUUCCCGCCUUACGGGUCGCUUCUGUCUGCAACGCGCUGGCGAUCUUAGCCAAGGGACAUCCUCGCGCGCAUCCGACAUCGACCGGACGCCCAUCGAGUUCACUUUCGUCAUCGCAAUACCCACAUCCGACCCUCCUGCAAUGUCAGAGAAGAUGCACGCAGUGCUUGAGCAGUCCGAGGAGAAGGACCAUGCGAGCAGAUCUGAGAGCGACGCCGCUACACCUGAGACCGUCUCCGAUUUCCCCGACGGUGGACUGCUGGCUUGGCUUCAAGUCGCGGGCUCGUUCUUUCUUGUGUUCGUAGCAUGGGGUACAUUCAACACAUUUGGCGCGUUUCAAACCUACUACGAAGAGGAGCUGCUAAAAGGGACGUCGGCGUCGGCCAUCAGCUGGGUUGGCAGCAUCGGCGGCUUCAUGAUCAUGAUAUUCGGUGUACUGAGUGGCCCGAUAUUCGACAAAGGACACUUCAGGGCUCUCAUUGUCAUCGGCUCGUUCAUGUCGGUGUUCGGGUUCAUGAUGACGAGCCUCUCUACCUCUUUCUAUCAGAUCCUUUUGGCACAAGGUGUCUGCCUUGGGAUCGGGAACGGGUUGCUGUUCACCCCCAGCGUCGCCAUCGUCGCGACCUACUUCGAGCGCAAGAGAGGAUUGGCUGUGGGUAUUGCGAUUACCGGGAGCUCCGUCUCCGGUAUCAUCUACCCCGUGAUCUUCCGCCAGUUGCAGCCUCAAAUAGGCUUCCCAUGGACAAUGCGCGUGAUGGGCUUCGUCACACUCGGUGUUCUCGCCUUCUCCCUCGCAGUCAUGCGACCGCGUUUCAAGCCACACACACGCCGAGCGCUCUUCGACCCUUCAGCGUUCACCGAGCCGCCAUACGUGCUCUUCUGUAUCGGCAACUUCCUCAGCUUCAUGGGUGCAUACGUUCCACUCUUCUAUACGCCAGCCUUCGCUCAGGCGCACACGGGAGCCAGCACAAGUCUCGCAUUCUACACCGUCGCGAUCUUGAACGGAGUAUCCAUCCUCGGACGAACGGUGCCGAACUUCGUCGCGGACAAGAUUGGCCCGUUGAACACCAUCACACCGAUUGCGAUGUUCACCGCGGUACUCGCGUUCUGCUGGAUACCGGUGAACUCGAUUGCUGGACUCGUCGUCAUGUGCUCAUUCUACGGCUUUUCGUCUGGAGCACUGUUGUCGCUUACACCACCAGCAAUCGCGGGCCUUACGAAGGAUAUCGGUCGGGUCGGCACGCGUCUGGGCAUGAGCCUCGGUAUCGCGGGCAUAGGACUUCUUAUAGGCAACCCGGUUGCAGGCGCGCUCGUCAACCUCGACACCGGCAGUUUUGUGCACGCACAGAUACUUGGUGGGGCGAUUGUCUUCGGAGCGGGACUGUUUAUGGCGCUUUCGCGUGUGUCCAAAGUUGGAUGGUCUUUGCGUGCUAAGGCUUAA